AGAGGAAAGUAAGUUAUGAGGAAGGAAAAAAUUGGAAACGUUUAACUAAUAUUGUUGGUUCGAUCGAUACAGGAAAUUAGUCAGGAAGAAGUAACGCAUGUAUCAGACACAAAUUUUCUGAAGUUGAGGGGAAAUAUGCAUAUCAAGUUGAGAAAAAAAUCAGUCCGGUAUGAGUAAUGGACCUUGGUCGAACCUUGGAGGAAUGGUUGAUCAACUUGGAUCUGGGACAGUACUCGUCAAAUCUCCAUGCAGCAGGAAUCACAGAAAUUUCACACCUCUUUGCUUUAGAUGAUGGUUUUUUGACAGAUAUCGGGGUAUCUCUCUUGGGUCAUCGUAAAAGGAUCCUAGAACACCUACCCACUGUUUCGGGAGGAUCGGUCAGUGAGGAGGAUUAUGUGAACUGUCCUUCACCUCAGGGCCCAGGCCCACAGUGGGAGGAUAUUUAUGCUAAUGUUCCACCGAGUGUUCAAGAGAGACGACCCUCAGUGCCAAAGUCAUUUGAACCAAAGCCAAGUUUAUCAAAUUUAGGUAGUAAGAAGAAACCUGUACCAAGACCGAGAGCUUCCAGGGUUACACGAUCCAGUCCAGGGGGUUCCCAACACAGCCCUAGUGUUACCCCAGAUGAUAGCUGUCCUCCAAGUUAUGAUGCUGUGUUACAUGCCCGUCAGGGGUCCAUCUCCCUAAAAGGCAUCACUAGUGAAGAGUCCUCUACUGAUGAUUUACAGAGAGAAACUGAAGAAACCCUGUCAACUGCGUGGCAAAAUGUGUCUGAUAAGUCAAAUGUGCAACAUAACUUUUCUGACAAUUUUGAUGAUUUUCAUAUUGGACCGGAUAAUGUGGUGCAGUGUGCUCAGAAUGAAUUAUUUCAGUUUAAUCACAGUGGUGGAAAACAGCAAACUGCGGCCGCUGUUUCUGGAGACUUUGCAGAUUUUGCGAAAUUCGAUGAUGCAGCUAAAAGAUCUUCGGAGACGUAUGAGCCAAUAUGGAUGUCAACAGCAGAUACAAGAAAUUCAGAACAGACUAAUAAAUCCAUUCAAGGUUUGUCACCAUCAGCUUUAAAUGUGCCUCACAUCUCCACCCCAGAAGCACCACCUCCUUGCAGAACACACUUUCCAUUUGAAGGUAAUGUUGAUGAGAGCUUUGGCAGUGCUAGCAGCUAUCCUUUUGACAGUCCUGUGAGAAAGGAUUUUAAGCUGGAAGAUGAUGCUAUUUAUUACAAUACAGACCCUCCACCUCAUCAUGAGCCUGGUAUACAAGCUCCAACCAGAACGAUAGCAACUGCCAGUGAAAUAAAAGAGAUACAUUGUCAGAAAGGCCAUAAUGACUCCACGGAGAGUGAAGAAUUGAAUGCUUCGUUUGACUUACCCCCUCCUGAAUUUGCACCACCACCCCUUCCAGAUUCUGGAUCAACUCAUAGUGUCCCACAAGAUCUGUCGGAGUUUGAUCCCCUGAAUACCCUUAUUUCUCCCCCUGUACCACCACGCACUACUUCUGAUGCCUCAGUUGCUUCUCAUGGAUAUAUCAACAUUGACUCUGAACCAGAGAAAUGCACAAAUAAACUUUCUUCAGAAAAUCAAGACAUUUACUCUUUAGCCAACUUUUCCAAUCUGCAAGUAACCAGCACUCCUAAGAGCAAGAGCAAUGUCAUCCAGUCCAACUCGGACCCUUCCCUGUCCCGUUCACCUCAAAGUCCUAGAGAUAGACAUAUCUUCAUGUCUCAACCCUCUAACAUAUCUGUAUCAUCAGAUCCAUUCAGAGGGGAUGAUCCAUUUGGUGACUUUCAUCAGGAGUGUCAGAACUUUAAUGGACAUUUUGGUACACAGGACGGUGGUGCCCCGUCAGUGGAGAUGUAUGAGGAAUUCCAUUAUUCCGGAACAAGUAACUCCAGUAGUUCUAGUCCUCCACAGGGAAAACCCAAGUAUUUGCCACGAAGUCAUCUGAGCAACUCAUCUGACGUAUAUUCCAUGGCAUCACCUGUGCCAAACUCCUGUUCGGAGGACAGUUCAGACACAGCAGAUGACAGGUCUGUCGACUCCAUGGACUAUGGAACCAUAAACUCAGCCAGUAUGUCUCCAGUAGAAAUUGUACCCGUAGAUCAGCUAACUCAGCCAAGAAGAAAUGAAAAAGCUGGAACUCUGUAUAAGCAGGGAGGAUUGAAGGGUAACAAAGGAUGGAGGAAGCGCUGGGUACUCUUCACAGGAAAUAGUCUACGCUACUAUGACAGUCGCAAGUCCCAGGUUUCAAAAAGAAUUGUCCCUCUGUCUUGCAUGGAAAAGGUUGAAACACUUGUCAAGGACAAUGACAGGGACAAGUUCAAGUUCAACCUGCACACCACCAACAGAGUGUUCCAAUUCGCUGCAGAGACUCUACAGGAGUCACUACUCUGGUGUAGUACUCUGAUGGAGGGAAUCCUCAAGUACAAGGUGCCACCUGGUGGGGAACCUGAGGGGUUGGAAAUGAAUGAGCCAGAUAAACAGGGUUACUUAAAAUUUGAAAGACACAGCAAUAAGUAUUAUGUGGCGGUGAAACAAGGAAAGAUGUGCUAUUACCAUUCAGAACAGGAUUUUAAACAAGGAUCUCCCAUAAAUGAAAUAGAUAUGCAAUUAGCAGCUGUAAAGGAAGUAGGCAAAGGAAAAUUACAAUUAUCCACACAUUAUGCCCAUUUCUUGUUAAUACCGGAGAGUUACAGUGAAUGUGUGCUUUGGAAGAUGGCAUUUGAAGAGGCAAUAGCUGAUGGACUGGGAGAUAAUACGAUCCUUGAUCAAGUUAUGGAGAACCCCUGCAACAGAGUGUGCGCCGACUGUUCGGCAGAAGACCCACACUGGGCCUCCAUCAAUAUUGGUAUUGUGUUGUGCAAAAAAUGUGCAGAUAAUCAUUGUGGACUGAUUUUCCGAGCCGGGAUUCAUCGGAACUUUGAACACUCCAUAUCUCGUGUCAAGUCACUCCGUAUGGAUACCAGAAUAUGGACCCCAAGCCUUGUAGAGCUGAUAAAGGCAAUUGGAAACAGAAAUGCCAAUGCCUUUUGGGAGCAUUCUUUACCACCAGACAAGCGGAUAAACUCGGACACGCCGGCUCCUCAAAGGAAGGCCCAUAUAGAAAACAAAUACAAAGCCAAGCUUUACUGUGAUAAAAUUUCCAUAUCAGACAACCAAAAAGUACUCAAUGAGAUGCUUUUAGAGUUGAGUGAAAAUGAAAAUCUAUUGGAGACAAUGAAAGUUCUCUUCUCAGGUGCCAAUAUUUAUCAUACAAAUAGUAAUGGUGAAAAUGCGUAUAAGAUUGCCAAACGUUUGGGACAAAGACUGACGAUGGAGUUUCUUUAUCAAAAUGGAGGAGAUCGUACCUCCAACUCGUACUGCGAUACAGAUGAGGUUCAGGCAGCCAGGCUACGUGGUGAAGUCUGUUUAGACGGUUAUCUACAAAAGACGGGGAGUAAAAAGAAAGAUUUCUUGAGGAGAUGGUGUGUUAUUGAGCAUGGAUGUCUGCGAUAUUUUUCAAGUCAAAAUAGUUCUGUUGCAAAGGACAGUGUGGACAAUGAAGUCAUGAUGUGUGUUCAAGCUGUUACUCUCUCUGACAAGUCUUUGUCAAAUGUGAGAAACUUAAAUAAAAGAUAUCCAGAGGCAUUUGAGCUCAGCACUUGUAAAAAGGACAACAGAGAGUAUUUAUUUGCUGCAUCCACUCCACAAGAAAAGAAAAGUUGGAUGAUUGCACUAGCUAAGCUAUUUUGUCCCAUCUCAAUAAUGGAAGAUGUCGGUCAGUCACAGUUCAAUCUGGCAGGCAAUUUCUACAUCCGGGAUGUUUCAUCGGACUGGGAGAAAAGCUGGUUGAUGAUCAACAACAGAAUCCUAGAAUACUUUGACAAGAACAAGCAAGAGUUCUGCAAAAUUGAUCUCAGGAAAGCUUUAAAUAUCAAAUACAGUGGAUCUACUCUUGCCUGCAAAAGUUGUAUUGAAGUGGGUAAAUGUUUAGCACUGGAUGCCCAUGGAAGAUCUUUAUAUUUCCAAGCAGACCUUGCUAGAGAUACAGAAAGGUUGUUAAAUGCAUUCAAUAAAGCCAUGAAAACUGGAGGGAACACAUUAGAAGACCAACAUCUCUCUCCCUCCAAUGUCCCAGUGAUUAUUGAAAAGUGUGUCUGCUUUAUUGAGGAUUAUGGUGUACAAGAAGAAGGAAUUUACAGACUCUCUGGAGUAAAAUCUAAAGUACAGGCUUUACUAGACAGGUUUAUGUCUGAUGCCCACUCUGUGGUGCUACAGCAAGGCGAGACUCAGAUCCACGAGGUGGCAGCCUGUCUGAAACUCUUCCUCAGAAGUCUCAAAGACCCUCUCCUUAUGAGUUCUAAGUAUUCAAUGUGGAUUGAAAAUGCUGAUGAUAUUUUGCAUGGUCGUAUGGAUCCUCAAGUGAAACUAGAAUGGUAUCAGUUUCUGAUCCGUGAACUACCACCCAUUAACUACAACACACUGAAGAGGCUCAUACACCACUUCAACAGACUUGCAAGGUAUUCUGACCAAAACAAGAUGACAGAAAAGAACAUAGCAAUUGCAUUUGGUCCAACGCUAAUGCAAACGGAAGCAGAUUCAGAAUUAAACAGUGUACAUGUGCAGUUACAGAUGGUUGUGAUAAGCGAUAUCAUGAAAAAUAAUCAAAAACUGUUCAAGCUCGAGGAUGAGGAGAAGAUCAUGCAGGAUAAGGUGGACAAGGGGAAGAAAAUAUUGGAAGUGAUCAGCAACAGCAGAGAAAGUGUGGAUAUCAAUGAUUCCUUAAAGAUCAGUGUAUAUUUCCUGAGUCGCUGUGGCAACAGCUACAACCCAGAAGUUAACGUUCACACCACUGUUAAGCAAGUGGUAGAUCAGCUGAAACACCGAUUUAAUGCCAUCACUGAGGAUUACACGCUGCACGAGGUCUUGUGUGAUGGAGCCUUAGAGCGGCCUCUCCACAGCACAGACAAUCCCCACGCCGUGGUAAAGGCUUGGUGGAACUGGCCCGAGAGUUACAGGAAGCAGGCUUGUCUCUGUCUGAAGCCCACUGCUGAUCUCAUGCUCAAAUUGUCUAAGAUGUAUGAUCCAAGUCGAGCCAAGUUUGCCGAGAUAAAGUUGAUAGAGAAGAAGCCUUUGGGGCUGAUCAGCAAAUCCAAUAAGUACGCCUUUCAGUUCCAACAGUCCAAGCUAUCUUACUACAAAGACACCAAGUCAGUGGGUGGUUCACCGGUGGGGUCCUGGAAUAUUGAGGAUUUGGUCAUUUACUAUGGAAUGGAUCCCUUAAUCAGGAAAGGGGACAAGUAUGGAGUAACAUUCCUUAAAACAGGAGAAAUACCUGGUUCAAAGGAGACCCCCAUUUUUGGGAGGACCCUUUGUUUUUCUUCAGAGAUUGAGUCUCUGCACUGGAUGGCUGCCAUGUUUGUUGCACAGCAUCCAGAAGGACCACUAGCAUGAGGAUACAGGGAUUUAGUGGGUGCUUGUCACCAGUUAUCACUUGCCUGUCUCCAAUUAACAUAUAGUCCAUAUAUCCGAGUUUCUAUCAAAGGCAGAGAUAGACGUUGAAACAUCAAAUGUUUUGAAUAUACUGACAUAGUUUAUUCAAAUAUGAUCAAAUAGUACAAAUUACUAUGUUGAAUUAAGGUAUUUAGUGACAUAGUUAAUUCAAACAUGUUCAAAUAGUAUGUUGAAUUAAGUUUGAUACCAUAGACUAAGUCUUCUACAGAUUUAUAUCUCUUUGUUGUAAAGUAGUGGCUCUAUUUGUUUAUAGGAAUGCUUUUCCACACUGCAAAGUUUUUUAAGCUAGAUUUAUGAAAAUAGUUGUUUCGUGGUUGUACAUCAGUAUUCCAUCAUUCCAUCACAAUGGCAAGGCAGACAUGUGUCUAUAACUCUCAUAGCACAUUGAGUAUUGUUGAUUUUAUGUACUAUCUACAGAAAAAAAAAUUAUUUCCAUACUUUGAAAGGGAUAUUUUUGUAUCAUCAUCAUACAAAAUUAUAUUUUAGAAGUGAGACCCUACAGCUUUUAGCAGUCAUUUUUUGCUUUAGUUCACAAUUAUUUUACACAGAAAUCUUUUGAAAUAGUUUAAUUUUUCAGUCAUGAAAUGAAUCUGACUUGAUACUAUAUAUAAACAUGAUGUAAAUACCUGUAUAAUUGAAAUGUCUGGCUUGUGAAAUAAUGUAAACUUACAUUCUAACACAUACGGUACAUGUACCUGCAUAGAAAACACUCAUAUAUGUAUUUCAAGAGAGGAUUAUUUUUACAGAGAUAUUAUUUUUUAAUUUUAAGUUUUUUGUUUGAGAUUUUAUGAUUUAAAAAAAAAAUGUGGAGAUAUUCACUUUUAAAGAAAAUCAUUAUUACAUGUACAUAUUCCCAUGAUCAAAACUGGUGAAGAUUUUUUUAAUGAUAUUUUGUAAAUUCCUAAUAUUUUGAAUGAUUUUCUAUUUUCUUUCAAAAUGCUUUCUUUGCCAAAAUGAAGUGUUAUUGCUUUACAUUAAAAGGUUUAUUAAUUACAUGUAUUUCAAAAAGUGCAAUAUGUAAAGAAUGCACAGAAUGAAUCAAAUAUUCUGAUUGAGAUUUAUAUGUUGUAGCAAAUUCAGAUAAUGUGUGUGUGUGUACAGUUAGUUACCAAUGGAAAGUAGUGUUUAUAUAGUUUACAGAUAUUAAAGGGGGUUUAGAAUAACGACGUUCUAGGAUGCGUGUUCAUAUUAUUACAUGUAUGUGUCCGAUUCUGUACUUUAGCUUUGUGAAAACCUACAGAUAAAUACACUGCAAGAUUUAUGACCCCACCCCCUUUCUUUCUUUUUUUUUACCUACUAGUUUAUGGAUAGUCCAUUCAAUACAGAAAAGGAUUAGACAAUAUGGCUGUAAGCCUAUAAAUGUCCUCUCCAUAAUUAAGUUUUAACUAUUUCAGAAAGUGCAAUACAUAAAAUGUUGUGAUUAUUUAAAGAUUUGUAUGUUGUGUCAAAUUCGGAAUGUCGAGUAUAUAUGUAGUUACUUACUUUCCCAGCAUCUAAUAAAUAUCUGGACUGUCAUAGAACAUCUUGUAUUGUGAAUCCUGGAGAUGGGUCAAUUUGGACUCCUAUAUGAGUCACAACCAAGCAAUUCCAUGUUUCACAAGUAUGUCUUGUUCAACCUGUAUCUGGCAUUUUCUAGAAAAAGAAUACAAGUAGUUAAUCUAAAGACAGUUACAUGUGGAAAGGAUUUCAUCUUUUGAUUAAGUCACAAAUGCAAUGAUGAUCAAGGUUUGUAGAUAUUAUUUUUCUGAGGGAAGAAAGUACUAUCUUGAAUUUGAUGUAAUAAAAUGAAAUGUCAAAUGCAUAUGAAAUCAUUCGACAAUUCCUUUCUCGUGUGAAUCAAUACUGGAAACCAAUUUAUAUGAUGCAUGUUAGUGUAUGAAUGAGUAAUACUGAAUACAACUGUCAUGAAUCUCUGUGAUAAAUAUGCAUGUGAGAUGUGUAGGGUGAGAGAGGGUAAAACAUUGCUAACGAUAUACACAUUGAUAAUAUGUAAAACAUAUGAUUGCUAACGAUAUAUACACAUUGAUAAUAUGUGUGUAUAUAUACAUGUAUAUAUAUAUAUAUAUUAUAUAUAGAUAGAUAUAUAUAUAUACACACACACACACACACACACACACACGAGACCUGCUAACAGAAAUAUUCUUCAAAUAAUUUUUAUUUUAAUGGAUCUAGGGACAUCAUUAAAGUUACAUGUGCAAGUAAUUGCUGAUUGAAAUACCUAUACAUAAUAUGCAUAAAACUUUUUCACCCAAUGUCAUAUAUGUAGUUUAUAUUUUGUUGAUUUACAUGAGUGAUAACUCUGUACAACUCUUUCAUGGUUGUAAAAUAUAUGUUGAUACAAUGUACAUAUUAUUCAGCGAGUCUAGUUAAGCUUUAUCAUUUGUAUAUUGCAAGGCUGGGGUGUGUUGACAUGCACUUGUGGCUGUAAAUGUUUUAAAUAUUUGCUACUGCAAUAAAAUGUUGAAAAAGUGGU